AUGUCUGACUCUCAGUAUACUCUCUACUCUUACUUCCGAUCGUCAUGCUCAGCACGUAUUCGCAUCGCUCUCAACGCAAAAGGAAUUCCAUACGAGUUAGCAUUCGUCAAUCUUCUCAAGAAUGAGCAUCUCUCCGAUUCUCAUAAGACCCUCAACCCGUCAGCUUCCGUCCCCGUUCUCAUCUCCAAUGCCUCCCAAGACAAACCCUUCCGCAUCGGUCAAUCCGUCGCAGCCCUAGAGUAUCUCGAAGAAAAACACCCUUCACAUCCUCUCCUCCCCUCCAACCCCGAAGCACGCGCAACAGUUCGAACCCUCGUCAACAUCAUUUGCGCAGACAUCCAGCCCGUUACAAACCUGCGCAUCAUGCGUCGCAUUAGAGAACUCGGUGGAAAUGCAGAAGAGUGGAAUAAGCAGCUAAUGACUGAUGGACUUAAGGCUUACGAGGAGGUUGUGAAGGAUUCAGCGGGAAAGUGCAGUGUUGGUGAUGAGUUGACGCUGGCGGACGCUUGUCUUAUGCCUGCGAUGUGGAAUGCUGAGAGGUUUGGUGUUGACUUGACGCUCUUUCCAACGAUCGGGAAAAUCGUGGAGGGGUUGAAGGAUCAUCCUGCUGUUGUGAAGGCGCAUUGGCAGAAUCAGCCUGAUACGCCUGACAAUCUCAAGGCUUGA